AUGAUUUACGCUGCGACAAACUUGUUUCAUACGCAAAUCACCGAAACAGGAAGACGGAACAUACGGGUAGGAGACGAGGAAGCAACUGAAUGCAUUCGUUCUCAGAACAUUGUUAAGGAAGGCUUCAAUGCGACGUGUCAAGAGGAGCGUGACUCCAAUACGUCUAAAAACGAAUUUGCGACAGCGCUGACUAUCGGAAAUACGACGCAAAAAUCUACAUCAACUAAUGAUAACCACCUAGACAACUCCUUGCUGUCCAUAUUUAAUUCACAUGUUGUUCAUGAUACCGUCCCGAAUUACGAGCAACUACGAACAAUAAACUCUGAUGAGACUCGCACCAACAUCGGUAUUGAAGAAGCUUAUACACAAUCAAAACUUCGACCCUGGACGAAAGACAACAAUUCAUCAGGAAACAAUCAACGAAAUCUGCUCUGUGAAUUUAAAUCGACAUGUCCAUACGGUAUCAACCACGUUACCUAUUCACCCGGUAGUAGCAACUUGAACAAGAAAAGCACUAGUCAACAGAUGAAUUCCGCUGAAACAUUUGUACUCAAACCGAUUUCUGACGAAGAUGAACCUUCACCGUCAAAAAAACAUAACACAGAGUUCCUCAAUCAAUUUCAGACCCGCUCCGAUAUCGUCAAUGCACAGGCUGAAUACCAUCAUGAAAACGUAUCAACGACCUUUGAUGGGUACAAAUACUUCAACACUAUCGCACCAAGUACAUGUCUCAUUGAUCCACAAACCGAACGUGCUCAGGAACGUUAUACUUUACCGUAUGACACUGGGCAUCACAAAAACGUACGACAAAUCAUCGUGAUUAACAUCACAUUUAAUUCAGUGUUGAUUGCAGACUGA